AUGGAUCCUAACCAAUUUGGUAUUGAAAUUGCUAAGAAAUUCUAACAGUUCUUUGCUCAUAUGAACAAGUUUUGUUAACAAUUUUUGAAAGACUAGAAUGUACCUGAAAUCCCAACCACAACAGAGAAGAAGAAGGAACGAGACCCAAAUGCUCCAAAAAAGCCUUUGACAGCCUUCUUUCUAUUUAAUUAGAAGUACAGACAGAAGGUAGUUGAACGAAAUCCAGAGAUUAAGCUCACUUAAAUAUCUUAGAUGGCUGGAAAUAAAUGGACAUCUAUGAGUGAAUAGGAGAAGAAACCUUAUCUCGACCAAUACAAUGCAGCUAAGGAAAAAUAUGAUUAAGAGUUGAAAGAUUACAAUGAGAAAAAUGGUAUUGAAACCAACGAUAAGAAACGCAAGAAGUCAGAGAAAUUUGAUGAAAAAUCAAUGAAAUCCGCUGUUGAUCACAAUGUUGAUGAUUUUGAAUCCGAAUCUGUUCAACCUGCCGCCAAACAUUAACAAUAAAUCAAAUAAUAAUAAUAGAAACAAAGCAAUAAUGAUGAUUAAGUUAAAUAAUAACCAGGAAAAUAGACUAAACAAUAACCAUAGCAAAAAUAAAAUCCAGCUUAGACAAAAAAAGGUAAAAAUGUAGAAAUAGAUGAUGACAUCUAAAGAGAUAUUGAUUAAGCAAUGAGCAAUCCGAAAUAGCCAUAAAAAAAAUAGAAAAAAUGA